AUGGAUAGUUCGACUUUAUACCAAAAGUUGUCAAGAUAUCUACCUUAUUCUAAAUGCAGAAAUGAAGGUUGCAAAUGUAGUACAUGGAAGCUCUCAGACAAUGCGAUAGAUGAAAAACUUGUUGAAGCUAUAUGUGAAAAUUGCUGUCAUGUUCAUUAUAGCUUGUCUGAUCCAAACGAGAGCACGUGGCUCAAUAGUGCAAUGCAAAUGGUCGACGAUGUGGAACGAAUGUAUAUUUUAUGUACCAAGGAAGAAGAUUAUGAAACAAGAAAUAUAUAUUUCUGUAUUUUAAAGCGCCUUCGCAAGGCGUUAAUGAAUAAAGUACAACCCGUUUUUGAUGACAAACCUCCUUUCGAGCGACCUGAUAUCAAUACAGCUGUACGAAACGCGUUAUUAUUCUGUGCUGUCACUGAUCCUCAAAAUCCAGAAAUCACAAUUGAACUGUGUAAAUUAUUCCUAGCAUAUGUGAAUUCAUAUAAGAUCACAUAUCCAAGUCAAAGGAUUCAGAAGUAUGAAAAUAAAACAGGAUACAAAUUAAUAUAUAUGAGGUGGAUAUGCCACUGUUAUGUGCCAAAGUUCUGUAAUGCCUUACCAUAUACUGAGGCUACAUGUGCAUUUGGAAAGAAUUUCUUGUUAGCCGUUUUACCCGAAAUUAAAAGAAGACUAAUCGAAUUUUUCAAACAAGAUUCUAUAAUCCCGUCCAUGCUAGAUGCAAAGAUACAUUUAAUACAACCUUUAACACGACUGUGUAAUUUGCUGGAAGAUAAUGUUGAGGACAAAACAACUUCCGUCUGGGAUCCGUAUUUCCAACCACCAUUGCGUCCCGACAAUGUAAUUACACCAAGCGGAUUAUUACAGUCGAUUUCUAUUGACCACGUGGUCGAUUUCUCUACACAUCAACGUAAUAUAAUCAUCAGUAGUUCAAGUGAACUGAAAAGUGAUUCAAUUGUUACACCAGCUCUCGCUGAUCUAAAAGCAGAGAAACUGUUUAGUAAUCCAGAUUUGGUGAAUGGUGAUAAGGAUAUGGUAGUUAAUACACCUAUUAAGUCUGAACCUGAAGAGUCACUUACAAAACCUGCCAAAGUAACUGACCAUACAACGCACCGAAGAACAAGCGUACGUCUUCGAAGUCAAUUAUCGAUUAAUACACAAUCCUCUGUGAGUGAUUCAGAAAAGUCGAACUGUAAAUCAGAAGACAAAACUGUGGUCACCGAUAGCAAUACUAAAAAGUCAUUGAAUGAUAAGUUAAAUAUUUCAGAUGUUAGUAGUACAGAAUUAGAACAAAUUCUACAAGAAAUGAAAAACAGUGAAAGCCCUUGUAAAGGAUUUUAUCCUUUUCAAACGCUUCAUUCGUUAAAUGCAACAAGAGAUGCCGCUGCACGUCAAGAAGAAUCAGCUGGGAAUAUUGAAUUUCAUAUAGUUAAUAACAGUUUAAAUCCUAAUCAACCUCCACAAACAUAUAUUUGGCUUUUGGAGUUAUUAAAUGUAUUUGCUUUGCAAUUACCUCGUAUGCCAAAGGAAUACAUUGCACGACUUAUUUUUGACCCAAAACACAAAAAUCUUAUUUUGUUAAAAGUUUCGGAUUCAUGUGAAAAACAUGCUAUCGGCGGGAUCUGCUUUCGUAUGUUUCCAUCUCAGGGAUUUACGGAAAUAGUGUUUUGUGCAGUAAUUUUCAAUGAACAAGUAAAAGGUUAUGGAACACAAAUGAUGAAUCAUUUAAAAGAUUAUCAUUUACAGCAUAAAAUAUUUCAUUUUCUUACAUAUGCUGAUUCAUUUGCCACUGGUUAUUUUAGAAAGCAAGGAUUUUCACGUGAAAUACGCUUAGCUCGACAAGCUUAUUUAGGUUAUAUUAAAGAGUAUGAAGGUGCCACAUUAAUGGGUUGUGAAUUAUAUCCAAAUAUUAUUUAUACUAGAUUUUCUGAAUUGAUUGCAAAACAAAAACAGGUUAUUACCCGGUUGAUAGAAAAACGUCGUGAGUCUGUUAAUCAAACCUACCCAGGAAUACCUGCCAAACUAUUUCGUAAUGGACCUUUAAGACCAGAUCAAAUCCCUGGUCUAACUGAGAUCGAUCUAACUUCAAACAAAUUUUCUGAUUUAUUUCAUAAAAUUCCUAAAACAGAAUUAUCCGAAACCAAUCAAACUUCCAUAAAUAAUCAUGUUUCAGUAAAGCGAAAAUCGUCAGAAACGUUUGGUAAAUGUGUUGAAAAAUUACACGAGCCUCCGAGAAAACUACGCAAACGUUUACUCGAUCCUUUGCCAAGUCCCAGUCCGUUGACUACAAAGCCACAGAUGAAAGCAAGAAUCAGUUCAAGGUCAACGCGUUAUAAUAGCUCAUUAAAAAUAUCAGAUUCAUUGGAACCUGUUUGGAUACAAGAAGCUAAACAAUUAGCAGAAAAAAUUCGUCCUAUCCUAAAUGCUUUACGUAGUCAUAUAUUGGCUGGUCCUUUUCAAAAACCUGUUACAGUAGAUGAAGCUCCAGAUUAUUAUGAUAUUAUUGUUUUUCCAAUAGAUUUAAGCACAAUGUGGGAACGUUUAAAAUCGAAUUAUUACGUUACGAAAUCCUUGUUUAUUGCUGAUAUGAUGCGAAUGUUUCAUAAUUGUCGUACUUAUAAUCAACAAGACUCUUAUCUUUAUAGAAGUGCUAAUACUUUAGAACGUUAUUUCAUCAAUAAAAUGAAAGAGGCGGACUUAUGGCCUUAA